CCGCGCGGGGAGGCGCAGCCCGAGGCUAGCGCCCGACGAAGAAGCCCCAGCGCCGGCCGCCUCGUGCGCCGGCGUCGGAGAUGGAAGACGCGGGGAGUCCGGCUGCGCGGGCUCCGCGGGCGGCACAGGCGGCGCAGGUUCGGCCUCCUCAUGGACCUCGUAAUCUUGUGGCGGGGGUGGCUGCAGGACCAUCCAUGGCCCCCAACCAUGCACCGGGCACGGACGCGGUGGUGGAGGAGCCGCAAGUUCCGGCUCAACGCCGACGUCCACUUCAUCGUCCGCGGGCUCCAGUACCUCGUCCGCAUACAAGUUUGGAGCGGCCGGUCCGGCAAGAAUCCAGGCCGGGAGCGGCGCCGCCGCCGGCAUGGCCGGUUCGGGCGGAGCAUUAGAAGGCCCAGCACCACCGCGACCUCGGGCGCCAUGUCCAAGACGUGGUCCAAGGCGACGGAAACCGUUCCGGCGGCCUCCGAACCGGCGCAGAUCACGGGCGUGGCGGCGAAGUCCACCAACACCAUGGCGACGGCGACGGCCCUGUCGGCGUCUACCGCCGCUACGAACAAGGUGCAGGAAGAAGGACAGGAGACCACGAGGCAUCCUCUCACCUUUUCCUUUCUGCCCUUCUGGCUCUCUUUUCCGGCGACUGUCGCCGGCGUGAUUUGCCUAUGCGUGCUCUGGGCAGAGACAAGUGCUGAUAACGUGUGAAAGAAUGAUUUGAUCAAAGUAUCUUAUUCUAUUGAUGAUCA